AGGAUUCCUCUUCUAAUCCCAUCCCAUCCAUUUUAAUGAUGACGUUGCACUAAUCUGUAAACGGGAGUUUGAGCAAGAGCCGCUUCGCAGUGGUUUCUCACAUCUUUUGAUUAGUACUCAUAGCGCAGAAGCCAGUACAGCACAACUUUGGCUUUAGCUUCAGACACACGUUUUAAAAGGAGGACAUGUGUUAAGAUGGCAGCGAGGUGGGAGGAUGUAGCGGCUCAGAAGGCCGAUAUGAUAGCUAGCCGCCUGCGAGAGCUGCUGUCCACUGGACUGGGCCUGUUACACUCCAAACUCGGGGUGGACCUGGGGCUGAAGCCCGAACAGUAUCCGUCCUGGGUUCUGUUGAUGACGGCCUUCCUCGGGUUGCUGGUGAUCGUGGUCGUGUGGCUCGCGGCCUGCGCCGGGCUUUGCUCAAGGAGAAAGCGGGGUGCCAUAGCCAGCGACUCCGGUAGCCAAGCCACCAAAACAUCGGCAGCCAAGAGUGUAAAAGCAGCAGAACUAAAGAAAAAGAACAAGAAAAAAACGGUUGAAAAGAAACCUCAGUCGAAUGGACGCACAAUACUUGAACUGCAAGAUGAUGAUGUCAAAGACACCAAUGAGAUUUUGAAACAAUCAGAAAUGAAGGCUGAGAAGCAAACAAAGAAGAGCAAGAAGAAGACAAAAGCCGAAGUAAAACCAGCACUGCAUAUCUCUUCUCCUGGUGGAAAAGAACCAGAGGAUGGUGCAUGGGAAACGAAGAUUAGUAACCGGGAGAAGAAGCAGCAGCGCAGGCGGGACAAAGUGACUGAAGAUUCCAGUCUUCCUGUGACUCAAGUAUCUCUUGCUACAGAACACCCCACAUCAGUUGUCUCGGUUCCAAUUGGUGUUAGGAAAGUCAAAGGGGAACCUCUUCGUAUGAAGCCAGGAAAAGGAGAGGCCAUAAUAUCUCAGGUGUCAGCCAGCUGGAGCGAAGCCCCUGCAGUGAAUGGAGGCGGAUGGAAUGAUAUGGCUAUGAAACUUCCCACUCGGAUGUCCGGAGGAGAUGGAGAGACCUGGACAGCAAUCGCAAAAGCUGCUGCUAAAAGAAACCCAGAGCCGGCUUGGGGUCUGGAACUAGAAGGUACUAGAGAAGCAGGUCCUUGGAUUACAAUUGCUGAUCUGCAGUUGGAAAGCAGCCAAACAAAAAUUGACGAUCAGUGGUCUGGCACAAAUGGACUUUCAACAAUAGAUCCCAGCUCUGACUGGAAUGCUCCUGCUGAAGAGUGGGGAAACUGGGACGAGCAGAAAGCCUCACCACCUCCUCAGCCCGAGGGGCCAGCUACAGAUGUUCAGAAGGUAUCGGAUGAUGAGAAAAAAAAGGUGGACUCGGCUGCUGCUUCAGCAAGUGGAAAAUCUAAAAAGAAGAAAAAGAAAAAGAAGCAGCAAGGAGAGGAUGACAGUGCUCCUAUCCAGGAAACUGGGGAGCCAGAAAAGGAGCCUUCGUCUGAAUUAGAGCUGGCCAACUAUGAGCCGGAAAUGGCUUUGCCUGAAAAGGCUACACCUGCUGGUGAACCAGUUAAGGUUGAGCUGAAGGUGGAGCGACCAGUCCCAGUCAUGACAGCGCCACCUGUAACUGCACUGGACAGUACUUCUAAGAAUAUCACUUCACACGUGCCACAGAGGCUAUCGGAGCCAGAACCUCCUGUUUCCACUACUAAACAAAGCAACAUGCCUCCACAUUCACAGAUAAAAUCUGAAAACUGGGAGUCACCAAAGCAAGUUCAAAAGAAGAAGAAAGCAAGAAGGGAAACAUGAGCUUUAACUAGAUUUAAGUUCAAUAAUAUGCAAAAUGAUUUUGAAGAAAUUCAUGUUUAUGCAAUAGUUUGAGUGUACAGCAUUUUAUACAAAUGUUGACUGUUUUUUAAAAAUCAAAACUUAAUAGAUAUGGUCUUGAAUAGCUUAAUUGCAAAUAAAAGCAAGUCGAUAUAAAAUCGCAUCUAAACAAUGCUGCAAUGUGGGAAAACACUUUGAAAGCUAAAUAUAUGUUUGUGGCAUAAGAAAGGAUGAGUAAUUGGAUAAAUCUAGAUUUACAUUGUUAAUCUCAUUAGUUUGAGAUACUGCUGGCCACAGGGUUAGAAAUGUUUUAAAUGCAUAUGUCAAGGAAGGACAGCUCUGCGACAGUGACAUCCAGGGUGUAUUCCAGAAACUAAUGCUUCUGAAUGCAAAUGGAAAAAUGUAUAGCCAGCAUCUAUUAACUGGUUAUGUAUAGUGCGUGGUUGCUGAGCUAAACAACACAUUACUGAUUUACUGCCUGUUUUUUCUAGUGGUAUACCAAUAGGUAUGUACUACAUACCAUGCUCACACUCUAAUCAUUUUGCUUUUCCCUGAACUUAGUUUAGAGAUCCUCUCCCUUCCCACCAACCUGGUCCAUUUCAUUGAUAAGAUGGUAUAGUUUAAUGUUUGCUUUAUAAUUUUUGUAAAAACCCAUAGCCAUGGAAAAAGCCAAGCCAUAUGUAUAUUAAGAAAGGCCAGUUUGAUUAAGAAUACUGUGGGUCUGAUGUAGAAUAUACAUUUCUCUGGUGAUUUUUAUUCACAAGACCAUUUUAGAAUGUAAGCCUUUCAUUCCAUGAUCUUGAAGGAAGCUUUGCUGUUUAUUUAGUGCAUA